AACAGUGGUAUCGUGUUUUUACGUGUCAGUGAAAUGUAUUAAAUUUGACUAAAGUCAGUUUUAGUGUGAACGUUACUGUGGAGAUAAAUAUCAGACAUUGUUCAUCGAUGCAUUUGGGUUAAUAGACACUUUUCCAGGGAACGCGAACGCCUCAAAAUGGCGAACCCCGCAGUUCCUGAGGUUGGACUUGGUGUUUUUUUGUGCUGUUUCCUUUAGAAAUCGGCGGUAACUCUCUGUUUCCGUGUGUCUACUGGUUGGUUGGAACGUCGCCGUAGUUGAGGAUCCAGAAGCGGCUCGUCAGAGCCGACAGAAGGUGAAAAAACAACCAAAAUGUUCCGCAGUUUCUCCAUCGCCUCACGAGGGAGUCGAUGAGAGAGCGCGCGGCCAGUAGCCCAAACCUGCUCUCCAGAACACACCAUGAAGAGGUGGACCUGGCGAGGAAGUCACAGUCCACACCGGCGACAGGGUUCCGGUCCACGGCAUGGACGGCGAGACAACGAACGGAGACGUCCAGACGAGGACGCAGAACCACCUUACAGGAGAACCCACAGCCGGUCUGCCGCGGCCACCGCGCCUGCGCCACCCUCUCCAUCCUCUCCAUCCUCCACCCGCAGCAGCGCAGCUCCAGAGUUACCAGGUUUCUACUUUGAUCCAGAAAAAAACCGCUACUUCCGUCUGCUGCCAGGACACAACAACUGCAACCCUCUGACCAGAGAGCAGCUGCAGCGGAAAGAACGAGAAAAAGAACGACUAAAGAUGCUGGAAGAGGAUCAAAACCCCCAAAAAAAAGCACCAAGGCCAGGAUUGAACUGUUCUCUGCUGCUGCAGAAAAGACACCUGGGGCUUCUGCCUGAAAACUCCUACUGCAGGCUUGUCCAUGAGGCCAAGGUCAGUGGAAUGAUGCGCCACAAACUGGAGAUUGAGAGCACAGACAACAGCAGCUGCCCUGACACGGACAACUUCAGACUGAUCGUGGGGGACUCGGCCUGCGAGCGGGUCUUCACGGUCAACGACGUUUCUCAUGGCGGCUGCAAGUACGGCAUCAUGAACUUCAGCAGCAACAGCCGCGGCUCUUUGUCAGUGGAGAUGUGUGAUAACCUCUACUUCACCAACCGCAAGGUGAAUUCUAUCAGCUGGGCUUCUGUCAACUACCCAGACUCUCAUGUUCUGCUGUGUCUGGUGGGGGCAGCAGACACUCCCGGCUGCGUCAGCUUACUUCCGGCUUCACUUUUUAGCAACUCUGACCCUGAUCAACCUGGGAUGCUGUGCAGCUUUAAGAUCUCUGCAGCCUGGUCCUGUGCAUGGUGCCUGAACCCACAGUUUGACAAGACCUUCAGCACCGGUCUGUCUCGCCGGGUCAUCUUGAAGGACGCAGAGACGGGACGAACCCAGACGUACAACGUCAGCAGUGACGUCUUGGCUCAGCAGUUUGCCCUUCAGGCUCCCGUCCUGUUUAACGGCUGCAGGUCAGGGGAGAUCUUUAGCAUCGACCUUCGGCAGCGCAGCCGCAGAGAUCCCAGCUGGAGGGCCAGCCGCUUCACUCAGGAGUCAGCCAUCACUUCUGUGCGAGUGCUGCAGGACGAGAACUACCUGCUGGCUGCAGACAUGCUGGGCCAGAUCAAGUUGUGGGACGUGCGAGGGACAAAAGCUGUGCAGGAGUACAAAGGCCAUUACAAUGAGCACGCCUACCUCCCCAUCCACAUCUGUGAGCGGGAAGGCCUUCUGCUAGCAGUGGGACAGGACUGCUACACCCGAGUGUGGAGUUUGAGGGACGGUCAUCUGCUGAGGACCAUCCCGUCACCACAUCCCGCUGCAAACGACAUGAUCCCCAGCAUCGUCUUCUCACAAAACCUAGGGGGCGCUGGAGGCCUUCCUGGGCUCCUGCUGGCCGUCAAACACGACCUGUACUACUAUCCGUACAACACGUACCACCCAACCGGAGAGCUACCUAAAACGCCGCAGGAGGGCGGGGCCAAAGUGUGACUGCUUUCUGUCAAAGGGCUUUUUCUUCUGAUGUCAGAAGCUGUGGGGAAACAUUCCCUCCAAUGCCACAGAAGAGCAGCUGCUCCAACAGGGAAGAAGGAAGUGAAGCCUAAAAGAUGUCUGACUUCAGAAAGUUUCAAUCUCAGGGAACAUCAUUGGAGAAAGAUUUCUGUUCACUCUUUAAGUGCACUUCACAAAGAGACAAAGAACCUUUUUACUUGCUUUUAGAAAGUUACUGAUCUGUUUUGAAAAAGUUUUGGAUCAAUAAAUCUUUCAGAAACCGCAGCUUAA